UUCAGUUUAAGGUAACAAAAGCAAAGAAGGAUGACAUUGUCAUUAAUACUUCUCGUCAUGGGAUAACAGCAGUAAAGGAAAAAGCAGGAACUACCCUAGGAAUUCAUAAUGCCAGUUCAGCAUCUUCGGAAACAGCAGAGCCUCCUGCAGCUGAAAGUCCAAUUACACAAGCAGAAGUUUCUUUGGACCAAAGCUCUUCUGAGAAUAUUCCUUCUUCUCCUUCAUCUGGAUCUCGUGGCAUGUUGUCAGCUAUCACUAAUGCUGUACAGAACACAGGGAAAAGUGUAUUAUCUGGAGGCUUAGAUGCUUUGGAAUUUAUUGGGAAGACAACCAUGAAUGUCCUUGCAGAAAGUGAUCCUGGAUUUAAGAGAACCAAAACACUGAUGGCAAGAACAGUUUCUCUAUCUCAGCUGUUGCGAGAAGCUAAAGAAAAAGAGAAACAGAGGCGGGCCCAACAAGUUACAGUUGAAAGAACAGCACAUUAUGGACUACUUUUUGAUGAGUUCCAAGGUUUGUCUCAUCUUGAAGCUCUGGAAAUCCUGUCAAAUGAAAGUGAAGCCCAGAUUCAGUCAUUUUUAGUGACACUUGAUGGAGAGCAGCUGGAGACUGUGAAAAAUGAUUUAAUUGCUAUAAAGGAGAUUUUUAUUCCAAAGGAAUCAGAUGAUGAAGUGGUACAGGCACAGAAAGCAGAUAUGGGAGAAGAGUUUGUCAGCAUGCUCACCGAACUGCUGUUUGAAUUGCACGUUGCUGCUACUCCUGACAAACUUAAUAAGGCUAGGAAAAAAGCUCAUGAGUGGCUGGAAAAAGCCAAUUUUUCCACCCCAGUAGACAUAGAAGAGAAGCUGAAAGAAAAACCUGGAGAACCUGUUGAAGACAAGACUGAAAACGAAGAUAAAAUUGACAGUGAUAAACCAGAAGUCGAUAAAAACAAAACCGUGGAGGAAAUCUACAUGCUGUCCAUUGAAAGUCUGGCUGAGGUCACUGCUCGUUGUAUUGAACAGCUUCAUAAGGUAGCAGAAUUAAUUCUGCAUGGGCAGGAAGUAGAAAAAACAGCUCAAGAUCAAGCAAAAGUACUGACAAAUUUAACAAGUGCCAUGUGCAAUGAAGUUUCAUGCUUAUCAAAGAAGUUUUCCGAUUCUUUAACAGAAGCUGGG